UUUUUUUUUUUUUUCUGAACUGAGGAAAUUUCUUGUUCCUUGAAUGGGGUGUGAACACGUGCCAUCCACGACUAGGUCCAAUAUAUUACAUUAUUCUAAGUACGAUUAAAUGCAUUACAGUUCUUCAUUCAGGUGAAGCCCAGGUUGAACCAGUUACAAUUACAAAUACACUUCUCAUCUGCUAAUGAUGAAUAGCCAAAUGGGACAUCCGAUAUUGGUAUAGUAUGCUGGAUAGGAACAUCAAACCGUACAUCUAUUCUGUCCAUGGAAAGGAAAUGUGUACUAGUAUCCAACCAAUGUACUGUUGGGGGUCAACAGUGAAUGGAGAGCUGGGGGUUGGCGCCCCUGAGGUGGAACAGCUGACACUUCCGACUGUCAUGGACUUUGCAGAGUCUUGGAAUGUCAGACAAGUGGCCUCAGGACUGACACACUGCCUAAUUCUGACGGAAGAGGGGUCAGUGUAUUCGUGCGGCAACAAUGAACUAGGGCAGCUCGGACACAACAAUAUCACCAGAAAGCCAGAGCUCGUUGACAACCUAGAAAACUACAGCAUAGUGCAAGUCGCUGCCGGUGACCAGCACUCGAUCGCUCUCACGUCAUGGGGCUUGAUUUACGCUUGGGGUGAGAAUGGCUUUGGCCAGCUGGGUCUGAAUUCAACUGAGCCGCACACUUCCGUCCCAAAGCUGGUGAAGAGUCUGGCGCGCAAACAGGUGAUCCAGGUGGCCUGUGGAUCCAGUCACACACUGGCUCUCACUUCAGGUGGGGAGCUCUAUGCCUGGGGCUCCAACUUAUCAGGUCAGCUGGGACUCGGCCACAGGGAAGGACCCCAGAAGGACCCCAUCCUAAUCAAGGCCCUGCUAGGAGUCCCCCUGGUGCACAUCACGGCCGGUGGGCAGCAUUCAGCCGCGCUCACCCAGGCUGGCUUCCUUCUCACUUGGGGUUCCAACAAGUACGGUCAGCUGGGAUUCUCCUCCAACAAGGAUGACUUGUAUUGUAAUGUACCAACACCUGUACCCAAUCUAGCCACGUACUCAGAACCUUUACGUUAUGUAUCGGUGGGAGAGGGACACACUGCGGUUCUUGAUGCACACGGCAAAAAUAUUCCCCAGGGAGGUCCCUUAGGACUCAGAAAAUGUGGCCCAACCCUUUGGACAACUAUCUUAUCACCUACGCCAGCAUACUAUACCAUUUUAUCGGAUGUCCAAUUUGGCUAUUCAUCUUUAGCAGAUGUGAAGUGUAUUUGUAAUUUUAACUGGUUCAACAUGGGCCUUCACCUGAUGAAGACUGUCAAUGCAUUUAAUAGUACUUAG